AUGUUAAGAAACAAUCUCUCUUCUUCUUCCCAGCCUUUUGCUGCAGAAAAUGGGAACAUUAGUAAAAGAAAACGAAGGCCAGCAGGAACUCCAGAUCCAGAUGCAGAAGUAGUAUCUUUAUCUCCAAAGACCUUAUUGGAAUCGGAUCGAUACGUUUGCGAGAUCUGCAAUCAAGGGUUUCAGAGAGACCAGAACUUGCAGAUGCAUAGAAGAAGGCACAAGGUGCCAUGGAAGCUGCAAAAGCGUGAAACUCCGAUUGUGAGAAAGCGCGUUUUCGUGUGCCCAGAACUUACUUGCCUUCACCAUGAUCCUUGCCACGCACUGGGUGAUCUUGUGGGAAUUAAGAAGCAUUUUAGAAGAAAACACAGCAAUUACAAGCAUUGGGUUUGUCAGAAAUGCUCAAAAGGAUAUGCUGUUCAAUCAGAUUACAAGGCUCAUCUCAAAACCUGUGGAACAAGAGGCCAUUCUUGUGACUGUGGCCGUGUUUUCUCAAGGGUGGAGAGUUUUAUUGAACAUCAAGACGCGUGCAGUAUGGGGCGGCUCCGAUCAGAAUCACACGAGUUACAGCCUGCGGCUUGCCUGUCUCGAACAGCUUCAGGCCCCAGCCCAUCCAGUGACACCAAUCUCAGUAAUAUUGCACCAUGGCCUAUUUUCAUGACCAAUGUUUGCGAAACUAAGAAUUCAAAACCCACUUUUUUAGAGCUUCAGCAACUAACAAAACCCGGUGUUAAUGGCGAGGAUCAAUCGACGCAAUUGCAGCUGUCCAUUGGCUCAUCAGAAAUCAGUGAAAGAAAGGAAAUGGAUAACGUGAAUAUAAGCAGAUUUUCUCUAAGGGAGAGUGACACUAGUGAGAAACUGUCGAGAGUUAAAGAAGCAUUAAGAAUAGCUACGGUGGAAAAAGCACACGCCGAAGAGGCAAGAAUACAAGCUAAGCGGCAAAGUGAACUUGCUGAGCACGAAUUCGCCAAUGCCAAGAUAAUUAGGCAACAAGCGAAGGCGGAAUUGGAGAAAGCUCAAGCCUGGAAGGAACAUGCUAUCAUGAAAAUCAAUUCGACCAUUUUACAACUCACUUGCCAUUCCUGCAAAGAAAAGUUCCAAAGGGGAAUAACAGAAGCAUCGACUCCCUUCGAGAAUCCGUUCGGGUUGAGCUACAUGACAUCUGCUCAUAGAGAAACUACUGAUCAUGUAACAUUUGCUCAACUUUGA